AUUACACCACCAACUCUCGUCGGAUACACUAAAUCCGCAAACAACAUGAUGAAAGGAGUAACUGCUUUUUUAUUAUUGGCUCUCGCAUCGUACGGUGUCGAUGCUCAGGAGCCACAAGAGGCCCAAUUAGUUGAAGUGUUUCAAGAAAGUGAUGCCAUUCCAUCGCCUGACGAGGCUAGUGGCCGUUCAUUCGGUAUGUUCCAGAAUUUCGACGCCCUGACCUACAAGGAAAAUUUGCUGCACAACAAAAUCAGUUUUCUCUUCUCACUCGUACCUCGUCCAAACGUAGCGCAUUGGAAUCGACCGCCAUAUCCAGGUGGGUUGGGUCCCUAUCCGAUGCAGCCGGGAGGUUUUCCACCUGGAUAUCCCGCCCAACUGCCUCAAACUGGACCCUUACGUCCUCCCCCCUUUGGCGGAGGAGGAAUUAUUCCCAGUCAAGGAUUCUAUCCUGGUGCUGGUUUUAAUAAUCCUUAUUAUCCAUCAAUAGUACCUGGUUAUCCUGCAAUGCCGCCCGGUUUAUAUCCGCCCGGUAUUCUACCUGUUGUUUCCGAGAACAACAUCACCAAUGCGUCGGGUGGGAGCGGCGUUGGUAAUAAACCUUCGGCAUCAGCUGCGGUCGCUGCUCCGGCACCUUCAACAGCUGCUCCCACGACAACGACAGCGGCUGAAUCUGGAGCAGACGAUUCAGUUGCGGCGGCAGCGGAAGAAGAGGAAACUAAACGACACACAAUCAUUAAAAUGAUGCCCAAAUCUUUUCAUAUGAAUUGACUAUAUUUGACAAAAGUCAACAGCUUACUUCACUUUUGACUUAUUAAAAUGUAAAUAUUUCAAUUAAAAAUGCACAGAGCAAAUUACAGAGCGACCUCUUGAAA